CUAAGGAAGUAGCAUUGUUUACAGGGGCGGGACGUGAGCAUGGAGCAAAAGUGUAACUAGAAGCCUCCUAAACCGACUCUGUUGACUUGAGACAAACACUAAAAGGCAGCUAUGUGUAACCUCGACUAGAUGGUGAGAUAUGGAUUUCCUGACGCUGUUUGGUAUUUACGUCGUGGUGGUGCUCACAUGCAUAGCUCUAGUGUGCAGAUACUCCGGCCAGCAACACAGCCCCCUUAAUUCACUCUACAGCUUUGCAUUAAAGAGACUUGCAUCGAUUACUCCAAAAUGGCUGCAGAAGUUUUCACAGUGGACCUUGCACAGACUGUUCCAUCAGAGGAGCAACGCGUUCAUAUACCUGCACAUCCUGCUGGAGGGCGCCGUGUAUGCAGAGUUCACCUACGAGGUGUUUGGCUUCUGUAGGGAGAUGGACACCACUCUGAUCAGCCUAUCUGUGCCUUAUAUCCUGUUGGCCAUCAAGACCUUCUUCUUCUACCUCUGCAUCAAGACAGACCCAGGCACAGUGACAAAGAAGAAAGUUGCCAGUCAGCUGCACAUCUAUUCGUACGACAGGAGAUUGUUUCACCCGGGAAUCUCAUGUUCGACUUGCCAGCUUGUCAAACCAGCCCGCUCGAAACACUGUAGGGUCUGCAACAGGUGUGUGCAGCGUUUCGACCACCACUGCGUCUGGGUGAACAACUGCAUCGGUGCUCAGAACACACGUUACUUCCUGCUUUACCUCUUCAGCGUCUGUGCCAUGGCGUGCGACAUCGCCCUGUUAACGGUGGACAUGCUGCUUCAUGUCGUGCUGCGCACAGGGCUCCUGGGGGCCAGUUACUUAGAUGAGAACGGCCAACGGCAGCCAGCGGGAUUUCUGUUUGUCGUGCAGCAUCUCUUCCUUACUUUUCCCCGAAUUGUCUUCAUGCUGGGCUUCUUACUCUUCGUAUUCUUCCUCCUGGCGGGUUACACCAUGUUCCAUUCCUUUCUUGCUGUUGUGAACCAGACCUCCAAUGAGUGGUACAAAAGUCGAGGCUACGUUUGCCAGCACUGCCACCCAUCUACAGCGGCCGAUAUUCUCUGUAGCCCCGUCCCAGAUCACUCUAAAAGAUACUACUACAGCAGGGGGGUCCUCCGAAAUCUGGGGGAGAUUUUCUUCCCUCCACAGCCUGUUCAGAAAAAAGACAAUUGAUUGGUUACAUUUACUGUCUACGAUAACUACUGUAAACACUACUGGAAAAUAAAGUUUAU